AUAAGCAUGUGAAAUUCACCACAGCUCUCUUUCAGGAUAUUAACAAAUCCUGCCUUCAUAAAUGCCGGACCCUGGGGAAUCUUUCUGAGCAAUUCUACAGAAUAGAUUUGCACUUCUUUGUUGCUCUGUUAUUAUAGAAGACUAUGGAUUGAAAUGGUGCAAUGCUCCGUGAGACAGUGUGGCGAGUUUGGAUCUGUUGGAUAUUGAUGAGUUUUGGGCCUCACUGGAGAGGUCGUAGUGCAGGUGCACAUAGCUGCCUUGAAGUUAAAACAGCUUUCCAACUGCGGCAGAUUGGCCCUUUAAAAUGGGUCCCAGAAACAGCAGCUACAGAUGCAGACCUCCAAAUCUGCAAACACCAGGGACCGACCUGCUGCACACGCAAAAUGGAGGAGAGCUACCAUGCCGCUGCACGCAGAGACACACUGCAGAACAUUCUCUCCUACAGCCUUGAGCUAAAGUACCUCAUUAUAGGCCAUGCUGCAGCCAUCCAAGACACCUUCCAUUCCCUUCUGUCUUUCACGCUCAACCACACUCUCUCUCUCCUCGACCUUGCCUAUGAACCAAUUGCCGCUGAGUCCCGUCCCUUAGUCUCAGCCCUUUUCUCGGACCUCGCCCUCUACCUAAGUGGCAAUGAUGACGUCUCUGUUGUCCGCUCUGUUCGGCGAUUUUUCAAUGAACUAUUCCCACUGGUCUACCGGCAUCUUGUGAACCCAGGACUGGCAUCCUCCACCUGGUCAGCAGAGGGUACAGAAUGCCUCCGUGCCACAAGGCAAGACCUCAACCCAUUUGGCCCUCACCCACAAGCACUGGCACAUGGCCUGGCACGGGUAUUAGGAGUUGGUCGAUCACUCAUGCAGGCACUAACGGUGGGUGUUGAGGUCCUGAAUGCUUCCGAAUCUGCAGGCAUGGCAAAAGAGUGUGGAAGGGCCAUCGUGAGGAUGCAGUUCUGCUCACACUGCAAGGGGCUCACACUGAUCAGGCCAUGUCAGGGGCUAUGCCUUAAUGUGAUGAGGGGUUGCCUGGCAGGACUGGCAGAGCUGCAGGGGCCAUGGAGCCGCUACAUAGCUCUUCUGGAGGGCACAAGUGCAGCACUGGCUGGAGGGCAUGAGCUGGAGUUAACUCUUCUGGGCAUUCGUGAAAGGAUCAAUGAUGCCAUCCUGAGUGCCCAGUAUAACGGACCACAUCUCAGCGCCAUUGUGGAAAAGGUGUGUGGUCCUCUCACUGAGUCUGACUCGUUCACUCAGAAAAGUCUGACACAACACAGUCCAACGCCACCAAGUCCUGCAGUCUUUAACCAGAGUACGAGUGUGGAGUCAGUCUCCUCUAUCCCGUCCCUGAGCCCUACAGUACAAAACAAGUCUGAUGAUCUCAGAAUUGCUCAUGUUACUCUGAAGAAAAGAUCCUUGCCUCUAAAACCUUCCAAGCACGACAAGCCCAGAAGCCUGAAGAAGAUCUCUAAGGAGUUUAUGAGCUACAUUCAGCGCUACAAGUCCUUCUUCUCCAUAUUGCCAGAGGUGCUAUGCGAUGCUGAGAUUGUGCUGGAUGAAUACACCUGCUGGAAUGGGGAGGACGUUGUAGAGAGUUACACAGGUUUUGUGGUGGGCAACGGCCUCCAGGCUCAAAGACAAAACCCUGAGAUUAAGGUCAGAGGUGUGGACCCGGUGUUAGUUGAAGCCAAAGAGACACUGGAGAGAUUUAAUCAGGAUAUGUGGGCUGAAACUGGACUGGAUGAUGAGUGGCAUAAGCCCUUGCAUAUAGAUGGUGGAGGCAGUGGAACUGAAACCAGUGGUGAAUGUGAUGAUGAAGAUGGAUGUGAAGGUUCAGGAGUGCAUGAAGAGGAAACAGAUCAUGUCGUCCCCUUUGUGAGACAAGGUUCAGGACCGUCCUUUAAAGGAGCAGCAUGCCGUACACACUCCUCCUUGCUCCUGCUCUCUCUGUCUCUCUCCCAUUUGCUGCUCUCUUUCCUGCACUCCAUCUAAGGCCCCGAAAGACACAACAGAGAACUUCAGUAUGCACUUGGACACUUAGUCUACAUGUUGAUUUGAUCUGCUCCAUCCUGCAUAGCUGCUCUCCACACUAAACCCUCCAGCUACAAAGUGCUUUGUUUUUGAUUUAGUUUGUGUUAUAAAUUAAAAUGUUGCACAUCACCUUGUGUGCUGUUUCCUGCUUUGUAAAAUCUGAGUGCCAUCUUAUAGUCAGUUUCAAUUUUGUGUCUAAAUCAUCACACACCCAGAGUUGCUGAAGUACUUUCUGACACAAUAUAAAACAGUGCUGCUGAAUUGUGAAUUCUCAAUUCUACAAGUCAUUGAUUCAUUUUCUAUAACCGCUGCUCUGACAGCAGUGCAGCUGCAAAUUACAGGUUUAAAUAAAGGCACUCAUUCUUAUAUGUUAUUGUUUCCAGAGAAACAGCUUACACAGAAUGGUGGACUGCUCCAUAUAAAAUGGAUAAAAAACAAACACAUAAUUUUUAUGGGGUACUAGGAAGAGAAAGUGAUGUGCCUCAUUUUUUGCCUCAUUGCUGGGGAGGUAAUGACUGUUUAUAGCUGCUAGUGUUUAGAUGAGACUAACGUAAAUUAUCAUGGACAUUGCACAACAUUAUUUGUAACUAUAAAUGGAUGAACUAUAUGAAAAUCUACUGAGGUAUAAGAUAAAUAAAAACUCUAGGAUGUGCUGUUAUGGGGGAAAAAUGGUGUGGUGAGAACAGUAGAUAAAAACAGCUGUUCUUAAAGUUUAAAGCUGGAGUUUUACAUUAGAUGCGAUUUAGAUAAUAUAGUUCCAGUCUGAUUUGUACAAUCUAAAUGGAUUCAUUCUAAUAAAAUGAUAUAACUGAGCUAGAUGAUGUCUUCAGUUCAUUGAAUGUGUGAAGAUUUAGGCAUACAGCUAGCAUAACUUUUAACUGUUAGCUAGAUUACCCUUGUUAUUCAGUAAAAAAAAAGUGAAUUGAGACUCAAGCAUGUUUAACAUUACAUUUAGGAUAAGUCUAAAAUUUGAGCAAUCUGUAAAUGUAAUUUUUGUGUUUGAUUAAAGAAAAUUGUUGCUGUUCAAAUUAAAACUCAGCCACCACUUCACCUCAGUAUUGUCAUGUGGAAAGAUGUUGAUUUGUUUGUGUAUGAAUGUACGUGUGACCUAUAUGAAGUGUAUAUAAGUAAUGACAGCAAUGCAAUAUUUUGCAAUAA